CUACGUCCUCCAGCUCUACCCUGCAACUUUGCCACUCAAGCUCACGCCGCACUCAGCAGCAUGCGUCUCACAGCCAUCUUCGCUUCGCUCCUACUCGUCAGCACGUCCGUUCUGGCUGUCCCGGCGGAACUCCAGAUCCGUGCGGACCCACCCAAGGGUCUGAUCCAGAACGUUGGCCAACUCGUCGCUGCAAUCGAAAAAGGCGCCGGAAUUACUGGGCUUCGGGGCAAGAUUGACGAGACUUUUGGCGGUAACAUUUGCAAGCUUGAAAAUGCGGUUGGCUUGACAAAAGUUGAGAAGGCUGUAGGCCUCACCGACGACAAGAUCCCGGAUGGUAUUCUCGAAAAGGUGCUCCACCUCGUCAAGGCCCUGGACGAUGCGGUUGGCGGCUCUGCCCUUGAGGGCAAGCUCAACAAAGCACUCCACGGAGGCCCCGCUGCGGUGCAAAAGGUGCUGGGUGUCGCCUACCUCAGGAGCGUGCUUGGGAUCGAGUAACAGGCAAACAUCGCAAUCGCUAUCUCUCCGCCUCGCCUCCUAGCUAGCUCUCUCCUUCGACGUUCUUGCGCGCCGUUUGUUCAUACCCAGAGGACAGUAGGGGUAUCUUUGUGUCAUGUGUGCAGCCUUUUUUUCCAACAGCGCCGCAUACCGUAUCGCUAUCAUGUUUGGUAUCGCCCGCAUAAUACAUCUUGUAGAUAUAUUACACAACCCAAACAA